AUGAGAAGAAAUUGUUUAAGACUACUACGUAACAUAAUACUGUUAACAAUUGUUGUAAUAUUAAUAUACACUAUUAACACUAUAGUGGACGUAAAAAGAAUAUCAGAUGUUUUUCCAGCCCAGAGCUAUUGGCAAAGAACAGUUCAAAAUGAAAAUAAAUAUUUUAUACCAUCUAGUUAUAAGAAAAUAGAUUGGCAUAACUAUAAACAAAUUGAGUAUGAAAAAAAGAGAACAGGUAUUGGUGAACAUGGUGUACCAGCAUAUUUGCCAAUCAAAGAUUCAGAAAUGGAGAAGGAUUUGUAUGCAGUCAAUGGUUUUAAUGGGGCCUUAAGUGACAAAAUACCAUUAAACAGAUCUCUACCAGACAUUCGUCAUCCUGGUUGUCAAAAUAGGCUGUACAUUGAAUCCUUGCCAACCGUCAGUGUGGUAGUCCCAUUUCAUAAUGAGCAUUGGAGUACAUUGUUACGAACAGCAUACAGUGUUCUUAAUAGAUCACCAACAUUUCUUAUAAAAGAAGUGUUUUUAGUAGAUGAUGCCAGCACUAAAGAUUUUCUUAAGGAACAGCUUGAUGAUUAUGUAUCAAAACAUAUGCCUAAAGUAAAAAUAAUCCGACUAAAAUCCAGAAGUGGAUUGAUAGCUGCUCGAUUAGCUGGUGCGGAGAAAGCUACAGCCGAUGUCCUGGUAUUCCUUGACUCGCAUACAGAAGCCAAUGUCAACUGGCUACCCCCACUGCUAGAGCCCAUAGCAUUGAAUUACAAGACAGUGGUGUGCCCAUUCAUUGAUGUUGUUGCGUUUGAUACGUUUGCGUAUCGGGCUCAAGAUGAGGGGGCUCGUGGCGCGUUUGACUGGGAACUGUUUUACAAGCGACUGCCGGUGCUACCAGCUGAUGAAGAGAAUAUGCCAGAGCCAUUUCCGAGUCCAGUAAUGGCGGGUGGUUUGUUCGCGAUAUCACGUGUAUUCUUCUGGGAGCUUGGCGGGUAUGAUCCCGGUCUUGAUAUAUGGGGUGGGGAGCAAUAUGAGCUCAGCUUUAAGUUAUGGCAGUGUGGUGGAAAAAUGUUGGAUGCGCCAUGUUCUCGAGUUGGACAUAUUUACAGGAAAUUCGCUCCCUUCCCCAAUCCCGGCCACGGAGAUUUUGUUGGAAAGAAUUACAGACGAGUCGCGGAAGUGUGGAUGGACGAAUACGCUCAAUACUUGUAUAAAAGGCGUCCACACUAUUUGAAAAUAGAUACCGGUGAUAUAUCCAAGCAGAAGGCUUUAAGGGAGAAACUUCAAUGCAAACCGUUCAAAUGGUUCAUGACUCAGAUUGCUUUUGACCUGACAGCAAAGUAUCCGCCGGUCGAACCAAAACCUUUCGCAGAAGGACGUAUAAGGCCGGUUACGUAUCCUCAUUUAUGUGUCGAUGCUCAUCAUGGCAACCAAAUGGACAAAUUACAUUUAAAGGCGUGUACAGAUGCUACAUCUGCUGAACAAAACUUUGUGCUGUCAUGGCAUAAGGACAUUAAGUCUAAAACUCGGAAUAUGUGCUGGGACCUGCCAGAUUCUUCUCCAAGGAGUCCCAUACUCUUGUACAGCUGUCACCUGGGGGGAGGAAACCAGCUCUGGAGAUAUCAUCCCGAGUCCAGGCGUCUUAAACAUGGUACAAACGACAAUUGUUUAGAUUUUGAAAUAUCAACGAGAUCAGUUUUCAUAAAGCAGUGUUCAGACUCAGAAACCCAAGAGUGGAUCAUAGAUAAAGUAGAUAACGCUAUGUUGGCGACGUGGGAUACCAUCGCUAAAAGAGUUACUGGUCCCGUUGAGGAUAUAAUAAAUUUUAAAAAAUGCUUUUAUAUACAAAUCUAG